UUGCCAACUACAUUUUCGUGAAUUUUUCCGUCGGCUGCGAGGAUAUCUCGCUGCGCGUAAAUUUGAUUCCCCUGCUUGUACAGGGGACAAACGCAGUUGCAGUUGAAGCAACCGCUGCGGCACCAUGGUUGUAACGAAAGAUACGUUCCUGCCAACGGAGGAAGAACUUACGGUGCCGGAGAUCAACCUAUCCGGACCAGCCCUUCGUGCCGGUGCUUUCCACCUUGGAAAGUACUGUGAGGCUCAAAAUAAUGAGUUCAUGUUAUGCCGUCAAGAAUUGGACGACCCGCGGGCGUGCGUGAACGAAGGGAAAGCGGUUACCAACUGUGCGUUUGAGUUCUUCCGAAAGCUAAAGAAGACGUGCGCCCAGGAGUUUACGCAGUACGCCAACUGUCUCGACAAAAGCAGUGGCGAUUUGAAUUUCAAGCACUGCCGCAAAACGCAGGGCGUUUACGAUAAGUGUGUGUUGGACAAUAUGGAACUGGAGCGUCCCGAUUAUGGAUAUUUCUGCCGUGCUAAGGUUCAUGCCACGGAACGUCCCCCACCACCGAAGAAAGAGAAAACGGUUUAUCCGGAUGCGACACCAGGAUUGCCGGAGGAUUAUCCUCGACCUGAGGCCAGAUACGGUUCGCGUUUCCAUUGGCUGAACUAAAGGAAGCGUACGGAAGGGAGGAGCACGGAUGCUCGUUUGAUUUAGCUGAAAUGGUUCUUGGAGUAACACGUUGAGGUUGAGUGUAGAUAUGCAACGAGAACGAAUUGUCCCACAAACAAUGGUGCGCUAGGACACAUACCAGCAACAUCUGGAUCGUUUCUUUAGCUUCAGUAAAAAAAAAAACAUUUGCCUGAAACAAUGCACUGUUUGCUGUCGAGAUAGUAUGCAUACAAAUGAAAGAACAAUGCUUGUUUGUGUUCAAUCCAUCGUAAAGGGACAUAAAAAAUUCAUGCC